UCGCAACGGGACCGAAUGGAUGAAGGUCAAUUCACUAAGGGCAACACGGAUAUUUUACUAUUCCACCGUCCAUAUCGAGUCUCUCCCCCUUACUUUACCACUUCCCAGCUAACAGCUCUCCAUUUCCUCACAACUGUGGUGUUCGGUCGCACCAGUAACAGUGAACAAUUGCUGGAUUUUGGUGUCAUGAUGACCGAUUCUGAUCCCUUCCCCCUGCCUUCAGAUCAAGUGGAAGAGUAUGCUCCAGAUGGUCAGCCGAAUGAACAAUUCAUGAAGAAUGAGGAAUUUGUGCAGAACGAGCAAUAUUUGCAUGAUGAUCAGUUUGUGCAGGGUGUUGCGAAUGAUGUCCUGAAUCAAAUUAAUAACGAAAUUAAUGGCAGCAUUAAUCAGGCAGAGGAGAAUAACUUGCUCUGGCCCGUUCUACCUGGUGAAUCUGGUGAAGGGUUGCCUUAUGCUCCCAUUGAUUGGCCAUAUCCUGGUGAUAUAUGGACCUGGAGGGUAGGAAGGAGGUUUAACAGUUCUGGCUACUUCCAAGAUAGAUUUCUAUAUCUUCCAAAACGUCUUGGCAAACAAUCUUUCGCCAGCAAGAAUGCAGUUGCAAAUUAUAUUAGUAAAGAAUUUCCAGAUGCAGAUAUUGAUUCUUUUUUUGCAUCCUUUGCUUGGAAGAUCCCCGCAAAAAUUGAAUCUACGGCCAAAGAGGAGACUGUAUCUGUUCCUUGUGUGAACCCUCCUUUGGAUGGAGAAGCGACAGUCCAAGAAGAAAAGAAAGAAGAAGAUUCUGGUCGGAGGAAAAGAAGAAAGAGUGGAACUGCCUUAUUAUCUACACCUCAAGCAAAACAGAAUGGAAAUAUAUCAUCAUCCAGACCCAAGCGAGCAAAACCGGUUAGAGCUGAAAUACCACCUCCCACACCUAAGCUAACAAAAAAGAAAGGAGCUAAAUCAUCAUCCACCACUAAGCGGACAAAAGGGAAUGAAACUACGAUAUCAUCCACACCUAAGCGAAAAACUAGGCGUUCUUCUAAACCAUCCAUCCCCAACGAUGAAGGUGGUGCAUUUAGCAUGCAAGAAUCAAUGGUUGAUCCAAUUCCUGAGGAUUUUGAUAACUAUCUAAAUUCUUUGGAAGACAUUCUAACCCAGCCUGUUUCUGAAACCCAAGUACCCUCUGAUACAAUUGAAUCUUCUGUCAUUCAAAAUGAAAUGGCAGAGGCUCGAAGUAGGCUUUCUUCCCUUCUUGCUAUGGACUUUCCUUCAUUAGUUUCAUCGGAUCACAUUUUCGAACUUACAACUUUAGCAUCCAAACUUCGAAGUGAUCCUAAUAUGAAUGCUGAACAACUUGUUAAAUUGAAGUUGGUUGAAGAAAUUACAUCAUUUAGUGAGGUUUUCCUAGAGAGCAGGGAAUUAAUUGAGCAGGUUGAUGAAUUCUUUGCUACCCUUGAGGCUAAAAAGGCCAAGGUUGCCUCUCUGAAGAAUGAAUAUAGUGAAUUGAGGGACAAGGCAGACCAGCUUCAAUCACAGGUGGAUUCAAACUUAUCGACGGUGCAAGAAAUCGACAAUCAAAUUGCUUUACUUCAAUCUAGGCGAGCUGAACUUACUAAUGCAAUUCAGACUAACAAGGCAGCAAAAGUUGAGUUGACAUCUGCUCAGAAGAUGGUGGCAAAUGCAAUACCAAGAGUUGUGCAUGAGAUUCAGCUUGCCAAUGCCAAAAUACCAGACUUGGAGUUGAAGAAGACAAAUGCAAUGAAGCGUGAAGCUGAAAUUCUUGCAAAAUUUGCCCCUCUUCAUGGGUUCUCAGUUUAAGCAAUGUCUUUAGUGCUAUGCUUUUGUGUUUGUUUUGUAGUAAUACUCCUGUUACAAGGUUAAGUUCAAGAUACCAUCCUUCUGUAAUGGUUUUAUAAGUUGUAUUCCCUCUGUAGAAACUAACUUUGAUCCAGAUUAGAAGCUUUUAUUUGUAA